AUGUAUGGAUCUAGUGGUUUAGGCAGACGUAGUUGGGGAAAAAGUGAAUCAGGCUUCAAAUCAAACUACAACGGUGAUAGUUCUGGAUUAGCUUUUGGUUCUCUCGAGGCAUGCCUUCAACACAAUUGUGUUUCAUUAGGGUGCUUGUUAUAUGAACUUAGGCAGAUGCUUCAAGGGGUGUUCACUUGCCGUACAAGGAUCACUCGUGCAUGGGGUUGCGACAGAGAGCUGAAAAGGCUAAGAGAGUCAUUGACUGUGAUUCGAGCUGUGUUGCAGGACGCAGAGGAAAGACGAGAGACAGAGAGGUCCAUUAGGCUUUGGCUGGAGAAGCUUAAAGAUGUGGUUUAUGAUGCUGAAGACGUGGUGGAUGAGUUUGGUUAUGAGCUUCUCCGGCGAAGGGUAGAGAUUCAAAACCAGAUGAAGGGUAAGGUAUGUAACUUCUUUUCGCUGUCAAACCCUUUUGCGUUCCAUCUCAAUAUGGCUCAAAAAGUUGAGAAGAUCAAUCAAUUGCUCGAUGAGAUUAAGAAUGAUGCAGCAGUCUUUGGACUUACUAGAGUUGCAUCAUUAGAUAGAAAUUCUCAGCUUAGCCUUAACCGAGAGACAGAUUCUUUCCUUGACAACUUCAAAGUUGUAGGGAGGGAAGAUGUGGUCUCUAAAAUUGUGAGCUUGCUGAUUAGCUCGAGCAAGAAUCAAGUUCUUUCUCUUGUACCCAUAGUGGGUAUGGCAGGUCUUGGAAAAACAACUUUGGCGAAGUUGGUUUCUAAGGUAGUCAAAGAGAGUAAAUUUUUUAAUGUAAUUAUGUGGGUUUGUGUGUCUGAUAAUUUUGAUGAACGGAGGAUUUUAGGAGGAAUGUUGCAAACUCUUGAUGAAAAAACGGGCGGGAUAUAUCACAUUGUUGCUCUUCUACAGCAUCUUGAGAAAAGGUUGGAAGGGAAAAAAUUUCUUCUUGUGCUUGAUGAUGUGUGGAAUGAAGAAUCUAUGAAGGUUAAUAGUUUAAAAAGUCGUUUGGAAAAAAUUAGCAGAAACAAUGGGAAUGCAGUUCUUGUUACAACUCGUAGCAGGCAAGUAGCAUCUGUAAUGGAGACUUAUCCACUAUGUAGGCAUGAAUUGAAACAAUUGUCAAGUGAUGAAUGCUGGUCCAUUAUUAAAGGCAGAGUGUUUGGAAAUGGUGCAUCACUACCUUUGGACUUGGAACCAAUAAGACUGAAGAUUGCAAAAAAGUGUGGAGGUGUGCCAUUGGCAGCAACAGUUAUGGGUGGGACAAUACCUGAGACAUUGACUUUGAAUGCUCCUACUCUUUCUGAUGAUGUAUCUCAUAUUCGUCGUCUGAAUGUCCAAUGUAAUUGGAAACCUGAAAUGUUGUUUCCAACUGGUGGUGCUAGAAAAUUGCGUACUUUAUUCUCAAUGGAUGAUGUCCUUUCGAAUUGGAAAUUGUGGAACUUCAAAAGCUUGCGAGCUCUGGACUUGCACCAGGCAUUUAUUGAAAAGCUGCCAGCUUCAAUCGGCAAGUUCAAGCAUUUGAGAUAUCUUGAUGUUUCAAGAACCACAAUUGAAUCAUUACCUGAAUCCAUCACAAAAUUGUACAACCUCCAAACAUUAAGGCUCAUUGAGUGCAAAUUGCUUCGAAAACUUCCCAAAAAAAUGAAUAAUUUGAUCAGUUUGCGGCAUGUUUAUUUUACUUACAAAUACCAGAUGCCAGCUCAAGUAGGGUGCUUAAUCCGUCUAAAGACACUGCCGCUGUUUGUCAUGGUGGCAGAAGGCCACAACAAAAUUCAAGAAUUGGAAUGCUUGAAUGAGCUAAGACGGAAAUUGUUGAUAAGCAAUCUGGAGCAGGUGAGAGACAAAAAGAAGGCAGUGAAAGCAAAAUUGCAGUCAAAAACAAAAAUAUAUGCAUUGGUAUUUGUAUGGAGCUCAGAAAGAGACAGCAGCAAAAAUGAUGAAGAUGUGCUGGAGGGCCUCCUCCCUCCCCAAAGCAUAAAGAGCUUGAAGAUUGUGAACUAUGUGGGUGAAAAAUUCCCAUCAUGGAUGUUGAUGAAUAUUCCUGACCAUGGUAACUCCUUGAUACUCAACAAUUUGGUGAAGCUGAAAUUGGAAGGCUGCAGGAAGUGUGAGCAACUCAUGAGGCUUGGACAUCUUCCUUGUCUUGAAAUUCUGGAGAUAGAUGAAAUGAGUAAUGUAAGUUUUAUCGGCAAUGAGUUUUACGGAAUUGAGGGAGGAUACCAGAACAGUGGAUGGUGGGAAACAAUGCAACUGUUUCCAUCAUUAAAAGAAUUCUACCUAUGUUCUAUGGAAAGUCUAGUUGAAUGGCUGGCACCAGCUGUAGGUGGAGGCAGUACAUUCGUAUUUCCUUCCCUCAAUGUGUUGAUCAUUUAUGGUUGUCCCCAGUUGAGAAGCAUUCCAAUAAGAUGUCUUUCGUCACUUGUAAAACUGAAAAUCAGUUUUUGUGAUGAAUUGGAUUAUUUGUCUGACUUCCUUGGCUUUACACUUCUUGAAGAUUUAACAAUACAAUGCUGUAAAAAUCUGGUGGCCAUUCCAAGUGUGCAGUUCCUUGCCUCUCUUAGAAGAUUAAGUAUUAAUUGCUGUGAUAGAUUAAAAUUGCUUCCAACUGGACUACAUUCUUGCUCAUCUCUGGAGUAUUUGUCAAUAACUGGCUGCAAACCUAUGUUCCUGAUGGUCUACAAGAAUUGCCCUCUCUUGUUCAUUUAG